UGAGCACUGGGAACAACUUUCUGAAACCCUUUUGUAGCCAGUUUUUCAAAAACACACAAGAGAAAUACAGAGAAUAAAGAGCACCGAGGACGGUUAUGUUGACAACUGCAACUUAAAACUCCUUCCCCCUGAAUUAUCUUGGUUUUAUUGCUGCUUUUCGUGAGAAUUAUGGUUAUGGAUUGCCAACAAAGAAUUUCUAUGUGCAGGAGAAUCGAAGACUGGAAGAUUUUGCAGUCAAAGAGAAGGCUAACUGUUUGGGCAAAAUGCAUGAUGAUUUAUUCCUAAAUACGCCGGACCAUUGGAGAGGAUUGCUGACCGGAAUCAGAAUUUCCCUUUGAGACAGAAGAUGUCUGAUCUCAGCCAGGUCUCUGUUUACUCUGACUCCUCUGACAUUUAUAAGAAUGUGUUCUGUAAUCCCGCUUUUGAGCUGGAGGGGGAGCAGGAAGAGCGGGUGGACGGCUUCAGGACUUCCUCAUCCACCCCUGAACCAAUCAAACCCCCAGCAGCCAGUUUUGUGGAAAUGUGCUCCAUGCGGCUCAGAGGCAGAGGUGGUGGGUGGGGGGCGGUGGUGGUCUCUGCUGCUGCCCUGCUCCUGCUAACAGCCAUCGGACUGGCGCUGGCUCUUAUUCUCACCCAGCUGAAAAGCCAGGCAGUGGACAAUCACCUGGCAACGACCUCUGCAGGCUUACAGAGCACAGGGCAUGAUGUGCCCCACACUCCAACCGCAGCACCUUUGAACAGAAGUCACAUGGACAGCACAGUCAUACCACAGCCUGCUGUGAUCCCCCAGUCUGAAACAAGCUGUGGAGGUGUCCUGACUGACUCAGGGGGCAGUUUCAGUUCCCCAAACCACCCUGGCUCCUACCCCUCAAACUCACAUUGCGUCUGGGAGAUCCGGGUCGCACCCCCACACCUGGUUCAGAUCCGUGUUUCCUAUCUGGCAGUGGAGGGACCCUCCCCCUGUCUGUUUGACUGGUUGGAGGUUCAGCAGCAGGUCGAGCAGGUCUCAGUGUUCACCAGGUUCUGUGGUAACAUCGCCCCACCAACGAUCAACACAAACAGCAGUACCGUGUGGGUCACCUUCCACUCUGACGGCAGCAUCGCCGGCGCCGGCUUUGCUGCGCAGUACAAAGCUGUCCCCCCUGCACAAAAGAGCUGCAGCAGAGAAGAGUUCAUGUGUGAUGGUGGCCGGUGCCUGCUGCCUGUGUCUGUGUGUGACGGUCAUCCAAACUGUAACGACCAAACAGAUGAGGCAAACUGUAGUCAAAAGCACAAAGAAUGCGGUGGUCAGAAGUCUGGGCCGCAUGGUUACCUGGCAAGUCCGAAUCACCCCAGGCCUUAUCCUCACCAACAGUCGUGCGUGUGGCAUAUAUCUGUUGAUGAGGGUCACAUCAUCAAGCUAAGCUUCAGAAACUUCAGUCUGGAGACGCAGGAUGUGUGCGAGUUUGACUAUGUGGAGGUUCAUGACAGCAGCAGCAUUGGAGCCGGGAGAGUUUUAGGGCGGUUUUGCGGUACUACCUUCCCACCAGACCUGACCUCCUCUGGCCCGCACAUGACAGUGGUGUUUGUGGCAGAUGAGGGCGUGGCAGACAGCGGCUUUAACGCAACAUACCGGGCUGUGUCUGUGCUGAACAGAACGUGUGGCCCGAACCAGGUCGCCUGCAGCACAGGGGAGUGCCUUCAGCAGCAGUGGCUGUGUGACGGGUGGAGCGACUGUUCAGACGGUGCUGAUGAGCAGGGCUGUGCUAACUCCACCUACCCUCCUUUCACUUCAUCAUGUGAGAUCAUAGAGGUGGAGAUGUGUCAGGGCCUCAGUUACAACUUUACCUCAUUCCCCAACAUAUGGCUGUCCAUCGCUGACCAGAGGGAAGCCGCUACACUCCUGCGACAGUACCGGGUGCUAAUGGAGCUGGCGUGCUUCGAGCCUCUACGAAAGCUGGUGUGUGGGAUGUUUCUUCCUCAGUGCAGCCCUCAGGGUGGGGUCCUCCAGCCCUGCCGCUCAGUCUGCUCCUCCGCUGAGCAGCAGUGCAGCCAGGCGCUGGACCUCUUCUCCUUUAGCUGGCCUUUCAACUGCCACCUCUUACCAGACUCACAAGACCCAGUGGAGUGUUCACAGCCUUAAAGCUGAAACUGCAGCAACACGUUUACUGCUGUAAAGGGGGCUGUAUAUGUUAGUGUUUUAACUAGAAAAUAACUGCAGGGCAAGGUUGUGAAGUCCUUCAGAAUUGAACAUUUGCUCUUUGUCCUUCUGGAGGUCGGGAUAAAGCUACAUGACCUUUGACCAAGAAAUUACUGAAUUCGCUGAGCAACGUGAGCAUGAAGGCAUUUAAAGUGGUGCAACUUUAAAUGGACCUAAAACUAAUGGUUCAAGUCUACAGAUGAAGUAAGAAACAAUUGUUAAGUGAACUGACUUUUCAGUUUCUUGCUUUAACGUCAAUACUGUAAAAUAAAAAACACUUGCAUACUGCUUUAAAA